AUGCGAGACUGUCCCGCUAGUGUUAUGAAAACUUUGUAUCGCGAUAUAAAAGAAGCGCUACAAACAGCAACUAAAGUUUUACGAAGUAAAAUUGGACCAAAAUAGGAAUUCAAAAUGGCCAGGAAUGACCUAUUCCGGACAAAAUAAAGUCAGCUAAUCAAGAUUAUCAUUCAUUGCAAAUUUUUUCUUUCUUUUCUUCCUUUUUGUUCUCACAGGGGUUUGGAGGCAGCAGCCAAGGGUUUGCCAAUUUCCUGCUGUUUUGUGUUUUCACUGAACAGUUCAAGACUCGCCUUCGUGGUGUUGCCCAAAAACUUUUUGUUUGCUGCCUUCUGCCAAUAAAACGGAAAUUACAGGAUAGCAGUAGAUACUCUGGCGAAGAAACACCAAUGAUUGAAACUCGGUCCCUUGCUGACAGCUGUCACAACAACUACGAGACCUACGACUGAUGCUGUUGUAUUUGAUUUAACAAAAACUUACUAAGAUUUUGUAUAGGAAGGACAUUCUUAUUAUACUGUCACAGAACUAAAUGAAUUAUUUCGCUGUAUAAGACUUUUUAGGUUUUAGAAGUUGUUAAAUAUCUUGAUAGUGAAAACUGAUAAGAUAAACUAUCUGUAUCAUUAUCAGCAGCUGGCCAAAGGGUAUUAUAUAAAUUUAAUUUUAUUAUCUGUNAAAUGGUAGAUGGCUCACUGACCAAUCAGAGCGCGCGUUACCCUUGUCACGUUAUAACAGCAGCAUAUAACCCUGAAGCGUAUAACUCUGUUUCAAUGCUGGGUUUUUUUUGGAGAACCAAUCAAAAUUUACUUCCUAAUAUAGAAUCACUGAUAUGCGAGACUGUCCCGCUAGUGUUAUGAAAACUUUGUAUCGCGAUAUAAAAGAAGCGCUACAAACAGCAACUAAAGUUUUACGAAGUAAAAUUGGACCAAAAUAGGAAUUCAAAAUGGCCAGGAAUGACCUAUUCCGGACAAAAUAAAGUCAGCUAAUCAAGAUUAUCAUUCAUUGCAAAUUUUUUCUUUCUUUUCUUCCUUUUUGUUCUCACAGGGGUUUGGAGGCAGCAGCCAAGGGUUUGCCAAUUUCCUGCUGUUUUGUGUUUUCACUGAACAGUUCAAGACUCGCCUUCGUGGUGUUGCCCAAAAACUUUUUGUUUGCUGCCUUCUGCCAAUAAAACGGAAAUUACAGGAUAGCAGUAGAUACUCUGGCGAAGAAACACCAAUGAUUGAAACUCGGUCCCUUGCUGACAGCUGUCACAACAACUACGAGACCUACGACUGA